CGGCGAGGAUUUGAGGACGCGAAUUUGCGGUUCACUGGAGUUGAAUUUCAUUUCGGGAACUGGGACUUCCUUUUUUAAACCAGGCGCGGGUACUUCGGCCACAGUCGCAGAGUCCGUUAAAACAGAAGAACAAGAAAUAAGACACUCCCAAUUCCCUAUCUCAUUUUAUCUCACAGGUCGGUGCUUGUCUUCAACCAUCGAUAAAAAAUGGCAGACGCCGAGGAUAUUCAGCCUCUUGUAUGUGACAAUGGAACGGGAAUGGUCAAGGCCGGGUUUGCUGGAGAUGAUGCUCCAAGGGCUGUAUUCCCUAGCAUUGUGGGUCGCCCUCGUCACACAGGUGUGAUGGUUGGUAUGGGACAGAAGGAUGCGUAUGUCGGGGAUGAAGCUCAGUCAAAGAGAGGUAUUCUGACUCUGAAAUACCCUAUCGAGCAUGGCAUUGUUAGCAACUGGGACGAUAUGGAAAAGAUCUGGCACCACACUUUCUAUAAUGAGCUCCGUGUGGCUCCCGAAGAACAUCCUGUUCUCCUGACAGAAGCACCUCUCAACCCCAAGGCUAAUCGUGAGAAAAUGACUCAGAUUAUGUUCGAGACAUUUAACACUCCAGCCAUGUACGUCGCUAUCCAGGCCGUCCUUUCCCUUUACGCUAGUGGCCGCACAACCGGUAUUGUUCUGGACUCUGGAGAUGGUGUAAGCCAUACGGUUCCCAUCUAUGAAGGCUAUGCCCUCCCACAUGCAAUCUUGCGCUUGGAUCUUGCAGGGCGUGAUCUCACUGAUGCCUUGAUGAAAAUUUUGACUGAGCGUGGAUACUCUUUCACCACUAGUGCUGAGCGUGAAAUUGUGAGAGACGUAAAGGAAAAAUUAGCCUAUAUUGCGCUUGAUUAUGAACAAGAGCUGGAAACUUCAAAGACCAGCUCGGCUGUUGAGAAGAGCUAUGAACUCCCUGAUGGGCAGGUGAUCACAAUAGGUGCUGAAAGAUUUCGCUGCCCUGAAGUGCUCUUCCAACCAUCCAUGAUUGGGAUGGAAGCUGCUGGCAUACACGAAACAACAUAUAACUCCAUCAUGAAGUGCGACGUUGACAUUAGGAAGGAUCUCUACGGUAACAUUGUCUUGAGUGGUGGUUCCACAAUGUUCCCAGGCAUUGCUGAUAGAAUGAGCAAGGAGAUCACGGCUUUGGCACCUAGUAGCAUGAAAAUCAAGGUGGUGGCACCACCAGAGAGGAAGUAUAGCGUCUGGAUUGGAGGCUCCAUUUUGGCAUCUCUCAGCACCUUCCAACAGAUGUGGAUUGCAAAGGCUGAAUACGAUGAAUCCGGGCCAUCAAUUGUUCACAGGAAAUGCUUCUAAUUAUGGAAAGCAAGAACUGGACCAGAAAUUUACAAUAUAGAUUUUGUACGACAGAAGUAGCCUCCACUGGUUGCGGAACUUUCAUUCCUAUUCUUGAGCAUUUUUUUUAAUCAUGUUUCUUUCUGUGCUCGCCCCCACCCCCCCUCGUAUGAUGGGAUAAGAGCAUGAAAAUCAGGGGAGAUAUGUAAGAUUUUGUUGUUUUGGUUUUCCUUGCAUGAACACUUUUUUUGUAGAAGAGCCGUGCAUAUCAGCAAUUCUUUUGAUAA